AUGAGUAGUUCUAUUGUGCCGCAAAUCCAGCUGAACAAGGUUGAGACCCAGAUAGUUGAUCUGUUGAACGAGUACACGCGGUAUUUCAACUCCACGCGGGUGUCUGACGUGCAGAAGCCGUUGCAACUUCGAAUCACCGGAGGAUGGGUCAGAGACAAGCUGUUGGGCCGAGAGUCGCACGACAUCGACAUUGGAAUCGACCAUUUGUCUGGGGUAGACUUUGUGACGAGCCUUCAGGAGUACAUCCGUCGGGAGAAGGGCGAGAACACCAAUACCAGCAUGUACAAGAUCGAGAAGAACCCGGAGAAGAGUAAGCAUUUGGAGACAUGUACGACGAAACUGUUUGGGUGGUCGAUCGACUUUGUGAACCUGCGGUCGGAGAAGUAUGCAGACAACUCGCGGAUUCCGGAAAUCGAGGUCGGCACGCCCGAGGAGGACGCUUUCCGGCGGGACGCGACGCUGAACUCGCUGUUCUACAACCUAACUACGGGCCAGGUGGAAGAUCUGACGGGCCGGGGGCUACAGGACCUGCAGCAGGGAGUUCUGCGCACGCCGUUGGACCCGGUCAAGACGUUUCUGGACGACCCGUUGCGGUGUUUGCGGCUGAUCAGGUUUGCUGCUACGUACAAGUUCACCAUCGAGGAAAAGACGAUGGACGCGAUGCGGUCGGCGGAUAUCAAGCAGAAACUACGCGAGAAGAUUAGCAGAGAGCGGAUCAACGUCGAGUUCAAGAAGAUCAUCAUGGGCGACCAUCCUGUCUACGGACUGCGUCUGAUUGACGAUGUUGGGUUCUACCAGCUAUUUGACUGUGAGGACGAUGGAUUUGAGACAGGUAAUCAGCUCACCAGAAAGGCUUUAAGCGAGCUGGUGGAAAAGUAUCCACAGAUAGAGACAGCGGUGAAGAACCAGUCGCAGCUGGGACCGCUACUCCAGCAGGUUUACUCGUCGGAGAUCAGCAAACAGUCCCUGUUCCUCAACCUAAUACUGUAUCCAUGGGGAAACGAGACGGUCACCAUCAAGAAGACCACGAUACCGGUUGCAGGCCGUGUUGCACAGACAGCGUUGCGGAUGCAGGUGAAAAUCACCGAUCUGGUGGGGCUGUGCUGCUCGUCGCUGGAGACGUAUAAGAGUACAUUUGGCGGCUGGAAGACGGCGUCGCGGGCCACCGUUGCUAAAACGCUGCUGAUUCCGUACAAAGAAGAAUGGCCAUUGAUGCUGCUGACGUAUCUGGCCGUGGAACUUCUGCAGGGCUCUGGCGAGUCUGCUGUGCGCGACGCGGCCGAGUUUGUCCAGCACGUGGAAAAGGAGAACCUCACACAGGCACAUCUGAUCAAGCUGCUGCUGAACGGCAAAGAGGUGGCCCAACUGGCCAACAAGAAACCAGGCCCCUGGCUCUCUCGAGUGAACGAGAAACUGCUGUCAUGGCAGCUGGAUAACCCGUCCAAGACGAAAACAGACAUGCAACACAACGAAUGGAGUCACACCGUCCUCUCUGUAGUUGAGCAAGACGAUCAUGGCAUCUGGAUCCAUAGACUCACCGGUGAAGAAUUCCCAGUCCUUGAAAGAACCAACAACCUUCUUGACGUAGGCAGUAGCACCUUUCUCGAAAGCCUCAACCUGGUCUGGGGCAUUCUCGGCCAAGUGGGCCUUCACCUUCUUCAUGUAGCCCUUGAUGUAGGUCAAGAAGGAUUUCUUGUCGAACUGGGUCUGUUGCAGUCUGAAGGAGUACACAACGUUGUUGACGGUCUCGACACCGUCCUCAACGUCCUCACCACCGUCCUCAGCAGAAGGGUUGGCACCAAUGUCAAUAUCGGCACCAGACUUCACCUGAACCAUCUGGCAGUCGGCCUCGUAGAUAGCUCCGUCGACUUCCUUGACGUCGUAAGCGUCGGAAAGCAACUCAUCACCAGAAAUCACGUCUUUCAAGGUUUGGAUGUUUUGCUUCAUUCGAUGCGGAUGCACUGGCCCGUGGUUGUAGGGUCCAGAACCAACGCGAGCACGUGGUCCGCCACUUCGUCGGCAGAAAUCUCGCGUCCUUUGAACAAGUCUCUGUUCACAGACUGGCCGAUCUUGGUUUCUGCCACCAAACUGGGCAUUAGUGCGUUGACCCGCACGUUUUUGGGAGCCAGCUCCACAGCCAGGUUUCUGGUGAGCUUGUUGAGUCCUGCUUUGGACGCGCUGUACACAGAUGUUCCUGGAACCGUGUCUGUUGCCAGCACAGACGAGACGUUGAUGAUGCUGGCGUUGGGGAGCCGUGUCAUUGUGCGCGAAAACAACCUGCACAGCACAGCCGGGGAAAGCAGGUUCACGUUCAGAAUGUCCACCACCUGUUCCGACGACGUGGACGGCAGCAGCGAGUUUUGCGAGAUCCCGGCACAGUUGACCAGGAUGUUGAUCUUUUUGUAG